CCUUCACUUGCACCGCAUGUUUGUUGUCGAGACGCCGUGGAAACUACUUAUUGGAAAGCUUCUUAUUGAUGUUAUUAAAGGAGAUACGAUAGCACAGUUUGUAUCAGCUGUCACAUAUAUUUAAGAUUACUUAGAUUUAUUUUCUCAAAAAAAUGAAGUUUGUGGUAGAGCAAGCUAGUAAAGGUGGUGGGCGCCUUGGAAGACUGACAGGUUUGAGGAGCCAGCCCACAGCUGUUCAUGAGACUCCUCUUUCUAUGAUAUCUACAUUGGGUGGCAGUGCACCACAUCUCACUCAGGAUGUUCUACACCUUGUUGUAGAUAAGGAAGUACCAGUGUGUUUUCCGGCACAGCAUUUUUGCGAUCUUACAAAAACACUCCAGAAGUUCAAAAAAGGAGUUGCACAAUUUUCAGCACUCAAGAGUCAUAGUGUAUGUGUGACUGUCCAGGAUACCACAAAAAGGACACCAAGUGGUUAUAAUGAGAAAAAAGGCAUUUCUGUAUGGACAUAUGGAGGUCGACAAGUUAUUGCAGCUGAAAGAUAUAUGGAAUUAGUGGAAGCUAUGCAACCUGACUGGUAUGAAGCUCUAAAUGAUGCAGAUACUGAUGUAAAUUCUUCAAAGAAGAGAAUAUCUAAGUCAAUCAUGAACUCUACACUUAUGCUGGAUCAGUGCAUAGACAUCAGUAAAAAGAAGCAGGGGCUGCAUGAGGCUGCAUUAUUUGUACCUUUAUUAGGUGGCUACAAUGAAGAUGAACGUAAAAGAUUUUCCAAAGCAAUAAUAGAGAAAAUUAAAAAUGAAUCCAUAUCAGGAUUCACCCUCUUGGGUUUGCAUACUAAUGGUGCAACAGCAGAGAAGCUUGACUCAAAACUUAUCUCUAAUCUUGUUAAAGUGUCUUUGGACCCCUUACCUCAAGUACUCCCUCGGCAAGCAUCAGGUGCAUGGAAUCCACUAACUGUCAUCACCUUGGUGCAACAGGGUGUGGAUAUCUUCGAUUCAUCUUUCCCGUAUUUAGUUACUGAAAGAAAAGGAGCUCUCAUCUUCCCCAUAAGCCUUACCAAGGAGAAUUUAGAACAUCAGAAUAAAAAGUUGAGAUCAGACAAUAAUGCUGAAACCAGUAAUGAAGAUAAACAAUUGAACAAGGAAGAUGAAGAUGCCAAAGAAAAUAUCCCAGAAGACGAAUUAUCAAGUGCAUAUGAAAUGUGUUUAAAGGAUAAAAGCAACUUGUACUCAACAAAGCCGUUACUGGAUGGAUGUCAGUGUUAUACAUGCCAGAACUUCACUCAAGCCUAUAUUCACCACCUCAUAAAUGUUAAUGAACUCCUGGGACCAGUUUUAUUGAUGGUGCAUAACUUACACCAUUGGAUGGCCUUCUUCAAAAGCAUUCGGUCAGCAAUGAAGGAUGAUUCUUUAGAAAAUCUUAAAUCUGUGAUACAGAGUCAUGUGUCAGCAGCUGGGAAGUUAUAGCCUAUGUUACUGUUUUUUUUUGUGUUUUUUUGUUUUUUGAAAAAUUAUUCUCAAAUAGACUUGCAAUGUAGUAAUCUGUUUCAUUAUUCAGAUUACAAUAUUUUGUUAGAGAUGUUAGCUAAGUCUGGUUGUAUACCUGUGUAUUUAUAUAUAUAUAUGGGUAUGUUGUUAUUUUUACAAAAUGUUAUCUUAAGAUUUAUUUGAUACUUAACUUAAAAAAAUCUUGGAAGAAGGAAAAAAAUGUGCAUUUUCAUGAAAGAUUUUGGUAUACAGUAUAAAGAUUACAUAAAAAAUGUUAUUCUUGUAUCAUUGUCAAAGAUCUAUGUAAAUUAUUUGAUUUUAAGAUGGAAGUCUCUAUUCAGAUCACAUUGAACUCAUGAUAGAUUCAUUUCUGAGAAGAUAAAGCUGCAGUUACAAUUUUAUUUGCCAGCAAUGAUACUAAAGAAAAGAGAGAUAUGCAAUGAUUUGAAUGCAUAGAAUUUUAAUGAUGUAUAUUGUAGAUGGAAACAGGUUGAAAAUUCUGUUACAAUUUUGUAUUAAGAAGAUAAUUUUGUCAAAAUUUAAAUAAAUUAUUAUGUAUA